CUGACAGAUAAAGCUUCGGCAGGUACAUUUACAUUUCCACUCAGCAUUACACAAAGUGAGUCUCCCUUUUAGUCUCAUCAUAGGUUGUUACAUAAGCAAAGCUUCUUCACUGUUUUCCCAGCAAGUGUGUCAUCUGUACGUCAAGGGUGAGUGUGCUGUUCGCUCUUCUUGUGUUCUUUGCUUUCCUCAGUCAUUUUGGCUUUCCUUGACUUCCUGUCAUGAUGCGUGGUGCAAUUUCACAUCCCCAUUUUGACCAUUGAGGUUCAGGAACGCCACUUGCAGCAUUUAAUUUGAGGCCAGUGCUUCAUAUAUGAUCUUGUGAGGAAUUUGAAUAUCAAGUAUAAUUGUCUGGCAUCAGAUGCAAUUCUGUGACUGGUCAGCACAUUGAGAUACAUUCAAGUGACUCAUCGGUGACUCUGCUCAUUGGGGUAUGCAUGAGGAGAUCAUAUGUACAUAGAAGAGUACAUUGAAGAAGAUGAGGAACCCCCUUUGCUCAGCUAUUGUUCUCCUCACGGUAAAGAUGUGUUUGGCUGUCAUGGGACUUUAGCGGUGCACUGUCAGUGGGCAGAAGGGUGUGUGUGUCUCAAAUGCUCUGCCGGCCAAGAGCCUUCUAAACCUUGUGGGAAAAUCCACAGUCGGGUAGAGGAGGUACGGUGUCGUUCCUGCCAGACGGGAACCUUUUCAGACUCGUUCGACUCUGAGCUUUGUCGUCCACACUCCUCCUGCAAGCUCCGCGGGCAAAAACUCGUUACCCCCGGCACUGCAAUCUCUGAUGCUGUGUGUGGAGACUGUCUGCCUGGAUUUAACUCCAAACCCAGUGUGGGAAAAAAUGCUUCAAAGAACACCCCCUGUGUAGAGAUGACGGUACACAUUAGAAGGGUGCGCACAGUAGGGCAAGGCUUGUCAAGUGGCGCUGGAGGACCAGUCAAUGACACCGUUGUGCGCAGCGCUGAGAAUACAGCCGAAUAUGCUGUGUUCGCCUUGGUGCCUAUCUUUUGCGUGACGGGCCUGCUGGGUAUCAUGAUUUGCAACUUGUUGAAGAAGAAAGGAUGCCGCUGCAAUGCCGAGAAGGAUGGGCUUGACGCGGAGGCAGCGACGCCGAACAGAGAAGGUAAUAAUUACGAUGACCUAAAUGAAGACACCAUUGGAAUUCUCGUUCGUCUGAUUACUGAGAAAAAAGAAAAUGCUGCUGCGUUAGAAGAACUACUGCAGGAGUAUGAGAGCAAACAGAUGGCCCUGAGCAAAGUUUCAUCAGUCAAGUUCCCGAUGCUGCCUCUUUUGUCCUCAUUCUGCUCCCUCCCCAGGCUUUGCCCCCAUCAGUCGCACCUGCACACCAUCUCUGGCCUCUCCGACUUGGGACCAAAGCAUGGCUAUCGUUGCUCCCGAUGUGCCCAAAAGAAAUGGCCCGCUGUACUCAUACCCCCUCUGGAUUCAUUUAAAGAUCCGCUUCGGCCUCCACAGACCUACAUCUUACCCACUCUGAAAAUAUCCACGGAACAGAAGAAGGAUCCCCUGCUGUCAGGAAUGUGUGUUAACACUCAGUGUCCACAACCUGCCCUGCCAAAAAAUGUGCAGGAGACCGUCGAGAGCAAUGAGAAACAGGAAUGGACAGAGCUGAAAGUUCUGUCUGUGGGAAGAUUUCAAGUGGCUCAGAUCCCUGAAUACAAACCAGUCAUAGAGGAAACAAAGGGACCAUCCCAGGACCAACGUAAAUCCAUUUUUGGUGGGAUUCAGUUUUCUUCCCCUUCAUUAGCAGGCUUCAUGAGGUGAUUCGAGAAGCUGUAUGAUUAUACUACCUCUGACAAGGACAACCCCUACGGCAGGCCUGCAGUGUGACACCAACAUCAAACCACUGGGCCCAACCACGCUGUACGAGGUUGUUCAUGCCGAACAAAAUGAAACCUAAAAGAAUGAACAGCAUGCAGUUAAUCCAAAGAUAAAGUGUGGAUGAGCACUGAGUUGGAGCAGAGAGGUUUAUACUAUAGUAUUGGAUUAGCAGCUGUCAUUGCUCGGCACUUUAGGGCAGGUGAGAGGAAGAAUACACCCCAGUGUUUGAACAUUCACAACAAAAGACACAUGCUCAGGUAAACUUGCUCUCAUGCUUACGCAAUAGGCUGUCUUUCUUUCCAGUGUAAAGGACAAACCCGACAGUCAAAAGAAAACAUCCAAUCCAAGGUGGGUGUAUAGAGUGAGGUAAACAUUCAACCAGGUAGAGUAUAACGUGAUCCAAAAGUAUGAAUGAGGUUUUUAUCACAAUGAUCAUAUGACAGGUUCAAACUACAUGUAUAUUACAAUCGCAGUAAGGAAAAAAAGAAAGAAAGAAAGAAAAUAAAAUGUUCUAUUCAAGUGCAGUAAUAUAGCUUCUGUUGCUUCCAUGGUAUCUGGCUGUUUAGAUAUGAACAGAAAGUAUGUAUUUCAUAAUAGGCUAAUUUGUUUUAUUGAGGCAUUAAGCAGAAAUGAAGAGAAUGUAAAAGUAGUCACAUCAGACAGUUGUAAAUAAUUGUACAUGUGACUAUAUAGCUUGGAAGACAGCAAAAGUAUUUUUUCCUCAUUUCAUACGUCUUACAAUUGCUAAUGCAAUCAAAUGUUAAUGGUCGUGUCAAAUCAAGACAAAAAAAAACUGCAGCAGAGUUUGAUCAACUUGAUCAACAUUAAAACAAAAAGACGAAACCUGAACUCUAACUUGACUUUUGAAAUAAAGUCUAAUAUGUACAUAUAUUCGCAAAGAAAAUGGUUUGUUAACUUAUUUCCACUCAUAACUUAUUUUCAUUUCUUUGAAAGACCUCAUGCAUGUACUGUAUAUUUAUGAAAUGGUUGCUGAGGGUUUAGUGGUUUUAAUUGACAUAUUCCUGAAUAUUAAGUGACGUAUUUCUUAUAUUUAUAGCACUGUUAAUGCCGUCAUCACCUUGUUACAAACACAUUUAAAUGACGGAAUAUGAUAAUUUUCAUCUGUCAAGUGUUUGCUGGGUUUAGAAAAUGCAUUUCCAAUGUCUUUUUUGUAAAUGUGUUUCUACUGUUAAAAUAAAAGGAGGGAAUUUUGAAUGUC